AUGAACAUGGAUCCGACGUUGUUGUUUUCGUCCAUGUUCAUAUUGUUCUUCUUCGGGUUCAAUGCGGACAGUUUCUUCGGCAGCGAAGAGACCGGUUUCACGGCCCAGUCGCUGAUUGACCGUACCGCGAAGUCUUUCUGUGGAUCAACCAUGCUGUACGGAAUCAACCAUUUAACUGGUAUCUCGUGGGAGCAGUACAAUAACAACGCCACCACCCUCAAACUGGAGGGGAUCAAAUAUGAUCCCGCAAUCACCGCCGGCGGUAAUACCACUACUCCCAUUACUGGCAUCAACGGAAUGAAGCAGCUCGGUGAUAAUGUUUCUGAUCAAACGCCUGACAACGAUACCCGGUGGGACGAAGUGCGCAGCGAGCGUAAUCCUGAUGCCCCUGCAUCGAAACCAUUUGAAGGACCAGAGGCACAACCGCUGCAUAUGUCUCCGGGGAUGGAGAGUUUUUCUACUUAUCCGAGCGACACGCUGACAAGGCCAGUUCUAGAAGCAUCUGUGAACGAAGUUAAUCUGAACGCUUACCUUACCAAGUACGAUUUUGGCGUCUUCUUGUUUUAUGUUUUGCUUCCCGGUCUUUAUCUAUGGUCGACGAGGCGCUCUAAGAAACGCCCAGAAAAGACUCAGGCUGUUACCACCGAAGCACAACCGACUUACUGUUUGUCAUGCUUGGCACGUAAUGUUGCUCCAACAUCCCAUAUGAAUCCACAAGUGUCGGCACAGCCCAUGAUCACAGAGAGACUGGACGAGAUUUUGGCAAUUUUGAAAGUCACCCAAAACAAAGCCGAUAGCUCCUCGCAACUGGGAAAAGGAAGCGCGGCGGAGCUUGAAUCUCUGAGAGACAUUCUUGAUACGGCCGUCUCAAACGACACGUCCCAAGCACAAGAUCUGGCACUUUUGAGACGCGGACAGGAGCGCAUUGAACGUCAGAUCCCUGAUUUGAGAGCCGUUGAAGAAAGAAUCAACAGACGCUUCGGCGAGAACAUCCAGGAGAUGCAGAGUUCAUGGCAACAGGAAGUCGCGAAAUUCAAUAGAGUGAACGUGCAGAAACGACUCGAGAAUCUUGAAGAAAACAGCAAAGAUUGUGUUGACCUCAUUGAAAAAAUUCAAGAAGAAUUCCUCCCAGCUUUAGACGACGAGCCUGAUUCCGUGGAAGAUCUUAAUGCUGAAACCAAGACCGGGAAGAAAAUGCUGCUGAAAGAAAAGCUGCAACGGCACAAAACGCUUAUUGAUGCCUUGACUAAGCGAGUUGAAGAAAUCGGUAUUGAAAUCAAUGCGAGAUUGGAAGAAGUUGAACUGGUCCAAAGGCAGACGUCAGUUCCAUCAGACUUGGCAAGCAAAAUCGAGGACCUGGAUAAACGAGUUGGACAGACACAGAAGCAGGUACCGGUCUCAGAUUACACAAGCAGAUUUCAAAAAUUGGAGACUCGGGUCGAGCAAACAGAGAAGCGCAUUUCAAAGACCUCAGACUUCCCAAACAAGCUUCAGGAAUUGACAAGGCGAGUUGCACAACUGAGAGAAGAAGUGCCACUAUUAUCGGAUGUAGAGGAUCAGCUUCAGACUCUAAAUGAAAAAGUCCAUCAUGACAACGCCCUCAUGAAUCUCAGCUUCCGACAAACUCUGGAAACGCACGAUGAGAAAAUCAACACGUUGAAUGAGAAGUUCGACACAAUCGACAGCGAGCAACAAGCGCUAGGCAAAAUUCAACGGACCUUAGAUACACAUGAAAAUGACAUCGGCACAUUGAAGGGAAAAGUUGACGGAUUCAAGAGCGAGCAACACAAGAUAGAUGAACGAAUUCGACAGCUAUCGGAGCAAAACUCAGCCACCACCACGAAAAAGCUCGAUAGGUUCAAGAAAACUGUCGAGAACCGCAUAACCGAGAAAACCGAGGAACUCAAAACACAGCUGGAGGAAGAGGCCAAAGACUUCGAUGAAAUAAGAAUUCGUCUUGACUUGGUAGAAUCUUCUGCCGAAGAAAAUGCCGCGGAGUUCAAGAAUGUUUAUUCCAAACUGAUGGCCCAACAGAAACAGCAAACAGAGGCCAAAGUUCAAGAGUUGGCUGCAACGCUUGCGAAGAUCACAGAAACGAUCCAGUCUCUUCAAAAUCUGCAUCGGGAAGAAAAGAAUGGCCUGGAAUCGAUGUUCUCAGGUAAAAUGGAUGGUCUUGACAAGCAGAUCAACGAAGUCAAAGACAAAGCCGCGGAAAUCCAAGUUGAAGUCAAAAAUCUCAAGCAAGAAGUCCAUGAUGAGGCAGUUCCUGGCCUGACUGCCAUUGCGCGGAUACAGCAGCUUGAGUUCAACACCACCAUGCUAGCCAGUCAAUUGGAAUUCAUCGAGAGCAUGAAAGAUGAUACAAAUGUCGGACAGCCCGCAGCGACAAACCAACCGGGCAAUUCGUUCGAACUUGAUCCCAAUCUAGACGAUACUUUUUUAAAAUCACUAAUGAAUCAAAUGGACUACAAUGCGUUUCUGGGGCCUUCCACGGCACCCCAGCAGGCGCAAGACAUUGACACGAUUAUCGGGCAAGCACAGCCUCCGGACAUAGUCAUGGCCGAAAAUGCCGAUAACGUGAACGACGGUCAACAACAGACAGGGAAUAUGGAAGAAAACAUGCAAGUACGAAGCAUAUUCGAUGAAAUGUUGGAAGAGUUCCCGAUACCCGGUGAGACAGGGCCUUCGCAGGAGAACCCCGCAAGCAACACUGUUUUUCCUCCUGAGGAUCCUCCUGAGGCUGCCAGUUUGGGGCAGCGUGAGAUAUCUGCGGCCGUUGAAGAGAGCUUUUCUCGUAUCCAAGGCAGCUCGCUUAAUGUGAGCCAAUGGGCUGAAGCUAGUCAGCCAAACGAUGAUUGGGAGCGGCUUGAGGCAAUCCGAACAGGUUCUUUGAAUGUCGAAGGCGGUUCACUCGGUCAAAGUCGAUGGGCCGAAAACGACAUUGAUACAAGCAACGACAAAGGGAAAGGCGUAGCUAGCCCGCCAUCCUAA